UUGUAUGUUUGUACAUUUUGCUGGAUGCGUGAGCUGUGUGUGUGUUGGUGUGUUUGUGCAGCUGGUCUUCUACAGGGUGGUGAAGAUACUGUCCACUCUGGGCCACAGCCUGUCCUUCAUCACUCUGCUCACCAGCACCAUCAUCAUCUGUUUGUUCAGGAAGCUCCACUGCACGAGGAACUACAUCCAUCUGAACUUGUUUUUGUCCUUCAUGCUGCGAGCCGCCGCCGUGCUGACCAAAGACACGCUGCUCUUCGACGACCAAAACAGCGACUGCAGCACGCAGCCGUCGCUGGUGGGCUGUAAGGCAAUUCUGGUGUUCUUCAACUACUUCAUCAUGGCCAACUUCUUCUGGCUGCUGGUGGAGGGUCUGUACCUGCACACGCUGCUGCUCGUCAUCCACAGCUACUCCACCCGCCUCUCCGUGUACCUGCUCAUCGGCUGGGGAAUCCCUUUUGUUUUCAUGGUGGCGUGGAUCAUAUGUCGGAUAAAUCUGGAGGACACACAGUGUUGGGAGAUGAAUGAGAACCCGAUCCCCAACAGACUGAUGAACUGGCCCAUCAUGGCGUCUGUCAUCAUCAACUUCGUCCUGUUCAUCAGCAUCAUCCGCAUCCUGGUGCAGAAGCUGCGCUGCAGUGAUGUUGGAGGAAAUGAGCAGUCGCAAUACAGACGUCUGGCUAAGUCCACCCUCCUGCUGAUCCCUCUGUUUGGAAUCAACUACGUGGUGUUUGUCUACCUGAUGGAGCCGGCUGACAAAAACAUGAAGCACAUCAAGAUCUUCUUUGAACUCGGCCUCGGAUCCUUCCAGGGUCUGAUUGUGGCGGUCCUCUAUUGUUUCCUCAACAGCGAGGUCCGGAUGGAGCUGAGGAGGACGUGGAGGAGUUUAUCUCUCAAGCGUUACGUGGGGCGGGACUACAGGCUGCACGCCAUGUCGGUCAGCCGCAACGGCAACGAAAGCUCUGCUCAGUUUCCCAGAAACUCCCGAGCCCAGUCCAUCCUGCAGACUGAGACCACCAUGCUCUGACUGGAGGGGUCUGUUGUUAUAGAGACAUUCAGAACUGAUCCUCGUAGUCACCAGGUACAGUAGAGGCUCGAAGUCUUACUCAAGGACACUUUUUAUAGACGUAUCGGGAAGGACCUCUUGUUGGACCGUGUGCGCCUCCAGAAGAUUUUGUCUUCAGCAUUUUUUUAAUUCCCGUCACACACAUGAAACAGUGCCUUCUGAAAUCAUGCAGAACAGAGAUCUGCAUCAACUAAUUUAAUAUCAAGGUCUACUUUCACGAUUAAACAUUAUUGAAAAAUAUGCAAAUAAAGAAGUCAAAUACUGGUUCAAUAAAUAAUCAACACACUUCCAUAGUCUCAGUUGUCUCAGAUAUUUAUGGGAGACGGCCGAGUGUAUCAUCUGUUACAGUGAAGACAACGAUUAACUUCAAUAGGAAGUUUUGAUGUCAUAAUUCCAUGAUCAUGAUAUGUCUUCUUUUGUUUUGAUUAUCGCCUUUUGGAAAAUAUUCAAAACAAAGAACUUUAAAAAGAAGCCAUAAAGAAUGUAUGUAUCAUAAAUAUGUUGUUUAGUUUUGUUAAGAACCAAAAUAAUUACAGGAUGUGGUGGAGAAUCACAUUUUGACAUUUGUGAAUUUAUUAUUAUAAUUGUUUUAUUUAUUAUAGUGGGUCCAAAGAAGCAGAUUGUAAGAUUUAUCUUAAAGGGUCAGUGUGUAGAAUUUGGCGGCAUCUAGUGGUGAGGUUGCAGAUUGCAACUAAUUGAAACUUCUACCGUGUGCCAAGGCGAAAACACGAAUGGACCUAUCGACAGCCAGUGUUUGGUUCGUCCGUUCUGGGCUACUGUAGAAACAUGACGGUGCAACAUGGCGGACUGCGUUAUUUUUGUUCCAACAAAUCCCACCCUACUGUGCUGUGAUUGGCUAAUGUUCUUCUCAUUUUGCUCACGCGAGAAGUUUCCUUCAGAGCUUUCUGCCAGAAAUAUUCUAUUUAAACCCAAACCGUGAUCUUUUUCUAAACCUAACCAAGUAGGUACGUGCCUUAACCUAAAGAGAUUUCUGGCUGAGGCAAACUUCUCCCAUGUGCGCUCAAUUUCUGUAACCAAUUAAGCAUGAAAGAGGAGAGGAAUUAGCAUGCUAGCUAACUAGCCAGCUGCUAAAUUAAACAACCCAAGGCUUCACCCACACACUUUUGUCACAGCGUAGGAAAGCACAUUGUUGUCGCCAGUUGAGUGACAACUUUAUUCGGCUCAUUUUCUGUAACCGGUGAUGCAUUACAGCAUGGCGGAACUAGUAAGCUAGCUAGCUAACUAGCCACAUCGCUAAUUUCAUAUGCAUCACGUUUCAUCCAAACACUCUUGUCUAAGCCAAUUGCUAUUGCCAGAUAAUCUGCCAAUCACAGCACAGUGGUGCUAGCCAGUACUAGCCAAUCAGCACAUAAGCACUAGCCAGUACUAGCCAAUCAUAGCACAGAAGCACUAGCCAAUCACAGCACAGAAGUACUAGCCAGUACUAGCCAAUCACAGCACAGAAGUACUAGCC